CCUCAAAAAGAGGUUGUUACGUCAACGUCAGUUUUUAGUUCCUGAAUUUCUCAUCUGUUGUACAAAAACACUUUUGAUUUAUUUCCAUGUAAAAUCAAACAGUAAGUGUGAAUCAAUGGCAGAAGCGUUUCAUAAGAGUCAUGUAGGGGGCUCACACACCAAGGAAUCAACCGAAAUAGGUGAUAACUUGGAGUGUGCUGUUUGCCUCCAAAAUUGUGUUCAUCCCGCCCAACUGCCUUGCGGCCACAUCUUUUGUUUCCUGUGUGUGAAAGGCAUUGCAAAUCAAAGUAAGAAAUGUGCCAUGUGUAGGCAAGAAAUCCCAAAAGACUUUAUCGAACAACCUAACUUACUAGAGAAGCCCUACCAAAAGGAAACUGAAGGUUUUGACGGUGGCUAUCAGUGGUUCUAUGAAGGCAAAAACGGAUGGUGGCAAUAUGACGAACGCACUAGUAAAGAAAUAGAAGCGGCAUAUAAAAGAGGCGAGCAAACAAGCGAAUUGCUAAUAGCCGGAUUCUUGUAUAUUAUAGAUUUAGAAAAUAUGCUUCAAUUGAGAAGAAACGAACCAGGUCGUAGAAGAAAAAUCAAAAGAGACUUUGCAACAAUCCCCAAAAAGGGCAUUGCCGGUUUAAGAACACCCGAAAUAAAUAAUUCACCAGAAGUGGGGAUCACUGGAGGCAGUCUCGGACCGGUCACACCUUCAAAUACCCCUCGAGGCUCCACAAGCGGUCGCGAAUCGCCUGAACUACAGGAAACCAUCGAUAGAAUCACUUCGUUGCAACUUGACUCAGUUUUAAAUGACAGAUAAUUCGAAUCAACACUACUUGUAUACCGGGUGCGCCAGAACUCGCGCCCCAGAGAAAAAUGCCAUACAAAGUAGGAUACCAGGAACGUGGAAAAAAUGUUAAAAAAAUUUUAUCUAUAAAAAUUUCGAAGUUAUGAGAGUUUAAAUAUUG